AUGAAGCUGCUGGGUCCUGUGUUGCUGGCUGCCAGCCUGCUUGGCGCUGCUGCCCGGGAGGAGCAGCCCUCCUGGCCAGACGAUCCCUCGCAGACCUGCUUCUUCCAGCCGCUCAGCAGCGUGGACGGCGAGUUCUGCAGAGGGGAUUUAGAAAUCAUCUACCCAGAGCUGGGUGACGUGGGCUGCACGUACAUCCCCAGGUGCCACCAGUACCGGCGGCGGAUCAGCAGGGAGUGGAGCAGCCCCCGUGUUCGGUACCCCCAGGCUGAGAAG